AUGCUCGGAGUUGCCAUCUCCCUGAUCGUAUCCUCUAUCAUAGCCACGACCCACCCACAGCACGUCGCCGCUCAGAAUAUGCUGUGGGCACUACAGCACCGCAUGGAGAUUUUGCGGAUGGAAUGGAUUGGACUAGAACUUGAUAAAGAACACGACCUGGGACUGGAGCGGAGCAUCUGGGCACGCUGUCAUUGA